GGAAUUCAAUGCUCUCAGCUCUGUUGAUCGUGGUAUUUGUGCGAGUUCGUUUAAUUUUUUUUGUUUUCUUAGUUUAGCGACUAUUUAGUGAGGCGGUGGAGUUUUGUGACCUUUGAAAGUGAUAUCGGUCCUUUAUUUGUUUUGUGAUAGUGGUUCAUCGUACUGAGCUUUCAUGAUCGGCUUACCGCGUAGCGAUAGAGAUAGAGAUCGUAUAACGGUGAAAAUUCGCAAUAUGAAGAGGAGUUCGUCUAGGGACAGUAUGCCGCGAUCGAAAAGGACGCGUAGUAGCAUAGGGAGGUAUGACGAUAGUUCUGAUGAGCGUGCUACACCAGAAAGAGUGAGAAGGCGAGUUCGUUCGCCGAGUCCCCGCGGUCGGUACAUGUCUCCUCAUCGAGAUGAUUACGUUAGGUCUCGCGAAGUAAGAGAGGAAUCUGUGCGACCGUAUUAUAAGGUUCUUUGCGUCAGUGCUCUACAUCCGAAAGCAUCUGACGAAAUUGUAAAAGAUACUCUUUAUAGAGAGUAUAAGAAAUUUGGUGACUUUAGUAUUAAAAUUUCCCAUGAAUUAGAUGAAAGGGUUGCUUAUGUUUGCUUCCGCAGUGCAGAAGAUGCUAGGGAUGCUAAGCAUGCUAAACCCAGAAUCAUUUUAUAUGAUAAGGUUGCUAUUGUUGACCCUGUGUACGAACCUGUCCGAUCAGAGUAUAGAAGUAGACCACGAAGUAUAACUCCACCUGACUAUGAUCGUCCUUACUCUUAUGCGUGGUCGCCUGUACCUGAGAGACGCAGACCACCACCUGAAGAUAGAGCAUAUGGUAUUCCUCCAGCAGUUCCUCCGCACCAUAGGGACUUCAGACCCCCAAUGCAUGAAUAUCCAAUGGCAGGUCCUCACGGUCCCCCGAUGCACCACCGUCCACCCAUGCACCAUCCUCCACACCCACAUUACAUGCCAAGGCCAUAUAUGCCCAGACCCCAUCACCCACCAUUUGAGAAAGUUGAGAACAAAAAAGAUAAAUUUCCCAAUUAUUUACAUCACGUCCAACCUGAAGAUGAUCCCUUGGCCACUCGAACCUUAUUUGCAGGUAAUUUGGAAAUCAACAUAUCAGAUGAAGAAUUACGUCGUAUUUUUGGUCGUUAUGGAAUUGUUGAGGACAUUGAUAUUAAGAGGCCACCACCAGGAACAGGAAAUGCAUUUGCAUUUGUUCGUUAUCAAACAUUGGACAUGGCACACAGAGCAAAGGUAGAGCUGUCAGGGCAGUAUAUUGGUAAAUUCCAGUGUAAGAUUGGAUAUGGUAAAGCUACUCCUACGACUCGAGUUUGGGUAGGAGGUCUUGGCCCCUGGACUUCAGUUGCCCAGCUAGAAAGAGAAUUUGAUAGAUUUGGCGCAAUCAAAAAAAUUGAAUAUGCUAAAGGUGAACCCCAUGCUUACAUAUUGUAUGAUUCAAUUGACGCAGCACAAGCUGCUGUAAAAGAAAUGAGAGGUUUUCCGUUAGGAGGACCAGACAGGCGGCUAAGAAUUGAUUUUGCAGAUGUUGGCACUGGAGGGCCUUACAGACCAAAACCAUAUGUACCACCAGUUGGUGAAGACGGUCGCCCUGUUGAGGGAUAUGAGGGUUAUGAGGGAACAUGGGAUGACAGCUAUGGUUAUGGUGGUUCUUAUAGAGGUAGAGGAGGCCAUCGUGGGCGUGGUCGAGGAAUGUAUCGCGGUGUAUAUCACGGAACAGGUGAUUAUCGCGAUGAGGAAUGGCGAAGAGCGCCAGAAGGUGAAUAUGAAGGUCGCAUUCGUCGCUCUGGUUCGCGAGAGCCGGGAGUAGACCGUUCACGUUCCAGAUCACCACGUCGCCGAUCCCCAGACAGUGAUUCAGAUGGUUCACCUCGAAGAAGCGGUGGAAUGCUAUCUUCAGCACGAACACUUCCUGAAGUUGUGCGCAAAGCAACCACUAUUUGGAAUGGGGCAUUAAUUCUGAAAAAUUCUUUAUUCCCUACUAAGUUUCAUCUCACUGAUGGUGAUUCAGAAAUUAUUGACAGCCUCAUGAAGGAUGAAGAUGGCAAAAAUCAACUAAGAAUUACACAGAGGCUAAGAUUGGAUCAGCCUAAGUUGGAUGAUGUACAGAAGAGAAUUGCUACAUCCAGUUCCCAUGCAAUUUUCCUGGGUGUGGCAGGUUCAACGGCAUCCAUAUCAAACGAUGAUGCCAGUAUACAAACCAGGCCUAUGCGCAAUUUGGUCUCAUACUUGAAACAAAAAGAAGCUGCAGGAGUUAUAUCUCUUUUGAAUAAAGAAACAGAGGCAACUGGAGUGUUGUACUCGUUCCCACCAUGUGAAUUUUCUACAGAAUUAUUAAAGAGGACUUGCCAUAACUUGACUGAGGAAAGCCUUAAAGAGGACCAUUUGGUUAUUGUGGUGGUGAGGGGAGGGUCUGCCUAAAUUUACGUCAUGAUGUAUUAAACCUAGACAUUUAUGCAUUAGUUUAAGUUUCUUUCUAAAGUUUUAAUGAUAUAGUAAACAAAUAGUUUUUAUUAUAUAACUUGUGACGUGUAGUGCUGCUUCAUUGUGAUGUGUUUGUAAAAGAAAUUGUGAAGGUUAAAUAUAUUUUGAUUGUGAAAGUGCUGUGAUUGUCACAGUUUAAUGUGUAAAGCAAUAAUUAUCGCAAGAUAUAAUAUAUUUAUAAUUUAGUUUUGCUAGAGUAUUUUUGAAACAUACUUGUGUAUUUAAGGAACAAACUUGAGUUAUAGUGUAGUAAUCAGUGUAUGUCAGGUGAUGUGUAGUGUGUGUGAACACAAAUAGAUAAUAUUAAACAAAGUUGUUGUUUUUUUGUACCUUGUGAGAUGUGAUACUAAGUGCAGUUUAGUUAAGUGCCUUUAGUGAGCAGGUGUUGUUCAAUUAUUACAGAAUUGACAUUGGGCUUGAUAUUGAUUUGGAAGAAAUUUUUAUUUUUAAAGUGCAUAGUGCUUUAGUUUGUGUUUAGUGCAGCCCAAUGGGAGAUAAAUAAAUUAAACAGUGGUCAUAGUGGGUGAAGUAUUGCUGAGUAAGUAAUUAUAUGUGAUAUAGGGUUUAGAAUCACGAAAUAGAACAUUUUUUCAUCUUUUUCUAUAAAACUUAAAGUUAAAAUGAAUAGUGAUUUUACGAAACUGUUUUUGCUUGUUCUGUAAUUUAUAGUAACUGAAGUUCUUUAAUAAUUUGAUUACUAUUCUUAUUAUUUUAAACAAUCGCAAUAAUAUUAAUGAUUGCAUAGUUAGGAAUACCUUAAAAUUGAAAUAUUUUUAAUUAACUAAAUGACGUCAUUAUUUUAACCUACAAUCCGUUCCAGUUCCGAUGCAUUCAACUAAUUAUGUAAGUAUUUUGGUAAGUAUAUUACAAAAUGACUGAUGAUUUUUACAGUAGUAGAGCAGAAUAAUUAUAUAAAAUUCAUAUUGGACUAUGUCCAUAAACUUGAUUUAUUAAGUCCAAAUUUAAACAAGUUAAUGAAACUAAAAUUUGUAUGGCUUCAUAGCCAUAAAGGUUAUGAUAUUGUGAUCUCAUAGACCUUUAUCAUAUAUGCAAGAUUUAAUACCUAGUGAUAUCUAUUUGAAUCAGGUUGCACACAACUACUUUAACUUUCUAUGAUAAGCAUUAAAAUGCAGUGUUUCCAACCUUUGCUCCUGGCAAAAUUUCAAUAGCUGAAAAUAAUCAAAUGGCAUUGUAGUCACAUUUAAUUCAGGCUUAAAGUCUAUAUUAAAAAAGUCAUUAUUAUAAAAACUAAGUUUUCCUAUUUCCAAUAAUUAUGGAGUUAUUUGUGCUAGAUACCUACCUACGUACUUACAUUAAAAAAAAAAACAAGUUUUAAACUACAUAUUAUGUAGGUACUUUUUUUGUAGUAGUAGGGUUAAUUUUACACAAAUAACAUAUAUUUGUAUUUUCAGUGAAGUCGUCGCAGGAAAGUGCUGGUGAUAUGUUUUUUUAGAUAAGUGUUCAUUAAUUCAUAAUUAUGUGAAAAAUAAAUGAAUUAAAGUAA